UUUGAUAAGCGGUAUAUGAAUCACGAUAAGGGGAACUGAAGCCUGUACUGGCAGAAGGUUGGGUGGGUUCAUCGAGCGCUUAACAGCAAUUGUUUUCCCGUCUCAAAGCUUGGGUCCCACCCUUUAUCCCUUCCCUUUUUCUUUCUCCGAGCAAUUAGGGCUUAAAGGCUACACCCUGAAUUUCAAUUUCAGUUUCCAUUACAUGAAUUCUGAAUCUUUGAGGGUUGGGUUUUUCUUCGAAACAGAUGGAGUCUUGAUGGUGAUCUCUCUUCUGGAGCAGGAAGAACGACAAGACUGAGACUCGAGAGAGAGGGCCGGACAUCAUUGGAGUUUGACGAGUCAGUGGUGGAGAUCCGGGGCUUCUCUUGUGGAAAUGAGCGCUUCCAGGUUCAUAAAGUGUGUCACCAUCGGUGACGGCGCCGUCGGUAAAACCUGCAUGCUGAUAUCGUACACCAGCAAUACCUUCCCCACGGACUAUGUGCCAACAGUUUUUGACAAUUUCAGUGCUAACGUUGUUGUGGAUGGAAGCACUGUUAACCUUGGGUUAUGGGAUACUGCUGGUCAGGAGGAUUACAAUAGGUUAAGACCCUUGAGCUAUCGAGGUGCAGAUGUCUUUAUACUUGCUUUCUCCCUCAUAAGCAAGGCCAGCUAUGAAAAUGUUGCUAAAAAGUGGAUUCCUGAACUAAGGCAUUAUGCACCUGGUGUUCCAAUAAUUCUUGUUGGAACAAAGCUCGAUCUUCGGGAUGAUAAGCAGUUCUUUAUUGACCAUCCUGGUGCAGUGCCUAUUACAACAGAUCAGGGAGAAGAGCUUAGGAAACUGAUUGGAGCUCCUGCCUACAUUGAGUGUAGUUCAAAAACACAGCAGAAUGUUAAGGCAGUUUUUGAUGCAGCCAUUAAAGUCGUGCUCCAGCCGCCUAAGCAAAAGAAGAAGAGAAAGGUACAAAAGGCUUGCUCCAUAUUGUGAUCCGGGAGCGAUUCUAUUAAACAUUGGAGACAAUGACCCGCCAGCCUCUUACUUACAGUGUAACUGUCUUGUCUGUGUCUGUGUCUGUAUGUCGACGGUAUCUUUCAGAUUCUAUGUCCUCUGGAAGGAAGCAGCAAGCUGGUUGUGUAUAGUCUUGACUCACAUGCUAGGGAUCUGUGUGAAUGUGAAAGCAUGAGAUUAGUAGUUUCUGGCUUUAUCUGUUAACAUGACCUGUAACUGAUUACAAGCAUUACUUGUUGGC